AUGGCAUCAUCGUCAAGUAAUACUGCUUUUCGAAAUGGCAGCAACGGCGCUCAAAGACCACUCAAACCUCUCCCUGCUUCAAAUGUCAAAUCUUCCUCUUUCAAAUCCAGAGUCCAUCCCUCUCACGCUCCUCCUCCUGCUUUUCGCCGCAGCUUCCCAUCAACCUUCUCCGCCGCGACCGCCGACGACGGAGUGCCGGGAAGAGUUAGAGUGGCGGUGAGAUUGCGGCCGCGAAAUGCGGAGGAGUUGGCAGCAGAUGCGGACUUUGCUGAUUGUGUUGAAUUGCAGCCCGAGCUCAAGAGGUUGAAGCUUAGGAAAAACAAUUGGGAUGCGGAUACCUAUGAGUUUGAUGAUGUGCUCACUGAAUUUGCGUCGCAGAAGCGUGUUUAUGAAGUUGUUGCUAAGCCUGUUGUUGAGAGUGUUCUAGAUGGUUACAAUGGGACAGUCAUGGCUUACGGUCAGACUGGUACCGGGAAAACUUUUACGCUUGGACACCUGGGAGAUGAUGAUACAUCUUCUCGUGGGAUUAUGGUUCGUGCAAUGGAGGAUAUUUUAGCAGACAUCUCUCCAGAGACUGAUUCUGUCUCAGUGUCAUAUUUGCAGCUUUAUAUGGAGGCUGUCCAGGAUCUUCUUGUUCCAGCAAAUGAUAAUAUUUCCAUUGUGGAAGAUCCAAAAACUGGUGAUGUUUCACUACCUGGGGCAACUGUUGUGGAAAUCAGGGACCAACACAGUAUUCUGGAGCUGCUAAGAUUAGGGGAAGCUCAUAGAAUUGCUGCAAAUACAAAGUUGAAUACUGAAUCUUCUCGUAGUCAUGCUAUUCUAAUGGUUCAUGUUAGGAGGUCAUUUACUGGACGAGAAGAUGCUGUUUCAAGUGAAAUUGAUAAUUCAUCUCACUUUGUCAAACCUUCAAAACCUAUUGUUCGGAAAAGCAAGCUGGUUUUGGUAGAUCUGGCAGGUUCAGAACGAGUUCACAAGUCAGGAAGUGAGGGACAUAUGCUGGAGGAAGCUAAGUCUAUUAAUCUCUCACUCAGUGCAUUAGGGAAGUGCAUAAAUGCACUGGCUGAAAAUAGUUCUCAUGUUCCUAUUCGUGAUUCAAAACUUACGAGGUUGCUUAAAGAUUCAUUUGGAGGCACAGCAAGAACUUCAUUAAUAGUGACCAUUGGUCCAUCACCACGCCAUCGGGGAGAGACUUCAAGUACUAUAUUGUUUGGACAAAGGGCAAUGAAGGUGGAGAAUAUGUUGAAAAUAAAGGAAGAGUUUGAUUACAAAAGCUUAUCUAGAAAGCUUGAAAUACAAGUGGACAAGCUUAUUGCAGAAAACGAAAGGCAGCAGAAAGCCUUUGACAAUGAAGUUGAAAGAAUAAAUCAAGACGCACAAAUUCAUAUUGCUGAGGUGGAAAGGAACUUUGCAGAAGCCUUAGAGAAGGAGAGGCUAAAGUGUCAGAUGGAAUACAUGGAAUCUGUCAAGGAGCUAGAGGAAAAAUUGGUAGCAAAUCAGCAAAGGCAUGACUAUGAUGGCUUCGUCAAUGGUAGUUGCAAUGGAGAGGAGCUGGGCCCUGUUUCUGAGGAAGUUUCUGAGCUCAGAAAGUUACUUCAGAAUGAAAUUCAGCUAAGAAAGGCUGCUGAAGAUGAGGUCAACAAACUUAAGAGCCAAUUUGAGCUGUCUGGGGCUGGUGGAGAUACAGAGAUUAUAAGGCUUCACAAGAUCUUGGAGGAUGAGGCUUAUAAUAAAAAGAAACUGGAAGAAGAAUUUGCAGUCCUACAAAGUCAGUUAUUGCAAUUGACUUUUGUAGCUGAUCAGGCAAAAGGGUCUUUUGAAAGAAGUGGAUCUGCAAAUGGUUUCAGUGGCGUAGAUUCAUUUAUGUCGCAAGUUAGGCAUUCACAGUUUAAAGAGACUGUGAAUGGACAGAAGGCUCCGAUUGCCCCCCUUUAUGAACAUGUUGGAUUGCAAAAGAUUUUAUCAUUGCUUGAGUCAGAAGAUGCCAAUGUACGAAUACACGCUGUAAAAGUGGUAGCUAAUCUAGCAGCUGAAGAAGCAAAUCAAGAAAGGAUUGUUGAGUCUGGUGGUCUUACUUCCUUGCUGAUGCUUCUUAAAUGCUUUGAGGAUGAAACUAUUCGCAGAGUAGCAGCAGGUGCAAUUGCCAAUCUUGCAAUGAAUGCAGCUAAUGCUGAGGAUCCUCAGACUCUUCGGAUGGUUGCUGGAGCUAUUGCAAAUCUGUGUGGAAAUGAUAAGCUACAGAUGAAGCUGAGAUCUGAAGGUGGGAUAAGGGCUUUGCUAGGAAUGGUGAGAUGUGGGCAUACUGAUGUUCUUUCCCAAGUUGCUCGUGGGAUUGCGAACUUUGCGAAAUGUGAGUCCCGAGCAUCUACUCAAGGAUUAAAAAGCGGCAGAUCUCUUCUUAUAGAAGACGGCGCACUUCCAUGGAUUGUACAAAAUGCUAAUAAUGAAGCUGCACCAAUCAGACGCCACAUCGAGCUUGCGCUAUGCCACUUGGCACAGCAAGAAGUAAAUGCAAAAGAAAUGAUCAGUGGAGGUGCACUUUGGGAGCUAGUUCGUAUCUCUCGAGAUUGUUCUCGAGAGGACAUAAGAACCCUUGCUCGUCGGACUUUGAAUUCAAGUUCCACCUUCAGGUCUGAAAUGCGGCGGUUACGGAUAGAGUGCUGA